UUGAACCUGGCCUGGACCUGAGCCGUUUCCCCAUUCCACCUCAACAUCCAUCAAGGCUUGACUCUUCUUUUCUUCCAAACAACGAGCGGAUCUUUUCUCGUUCUUGUACAAUAAUCUAGCGCUAUUUCCCUAUCUAUCGAACAACCAAGUAAUUCUCUGGAUUCAGGAAAGUCCGCAGAGGCUAGCUUAUCAAUCGCCAAUCAUUCAAUUACCAUGUCCAUCUCCCACCCAACGCCUCCUCUUCUCCUCACAAAGCGCCUUACGGCCUUUCUCAACGCGAACCGAACUCCCCAGCUUCCCACGCUUCUUCUUACAAGCCCUCACGGCAAGCUUCUCGCACACGCAAGCCCUCAUCCCGUAGCCGCUCUUCGAACACAUGCUACCGUCGCUGCAUCCCUCCUCGCCAUACACUCCACCUCGGCACCUGCCCUCGCUGCGUCUCUACCCGGUUCUCGCACACCCGAUCCGAUCGGAAGCUCGCCACCUGAAGAGGAUGACCUCGAAGACGAGACAGAUCGAUUAUCACAAAGUCAGCAGCUCGACUCACAUAAGUCUGGCAAGGGACGGGGCAUCAAGCCUGCUACUGUUACGGUUCAACUUACGAGCGGGACUGUCGUGAUCCGUAGGUUGAAGUGUGGUCUUCUCUUCGUCUGCGUGGGACCCGCCAACCCAGAUGUCACAGAGCAUGGCGUGCCUAAUGUGCAUGAUCUCCAUGUUCCCGCUGGCGAGUCCUCUCAUGUUGGCAGUCCAGAUGGAGCAGACAGUAUUCUGAGCACUGGUGGACAAACGACAGCUAGUCUGGAGAGCAACGCAGGCUCUGCCGCUGCAGUAACUGCCCUUCGCCGUCAUGCCACUGAGCUAGCGCGUUGGCUUGACGACAAGCUUGGUACGCUCACAGUUCCAGAGGAGGGUGUUGGCGUGGAGUAAUGGCAGCAUGUUUGGUACAAGCGAAUUGGCAUAGACGGCGUUGGGAUUUCUUAUGAGGGAUAAUCAAGGAGUGAUCUGAGAAAGGCUUCUUUUUGGGCGUCAGGGGCCGCCUUUCACAGAGACGGCAUUUAUAUAAUCAGAGACAUUGAUGAUACCUAAUAUAUUCGCUCAAUACGAGGGUAU